AUGACGAUGAAAUCUUUUCCUGCUGUCGUUACUUCUGACAAAUGUUACACGCCAGAUUUGGUGAAAUCAAAUUCGACGGUCAUGGAAAUAUUUCAAACAUUCCGUGAAAGCAUGACGGAGCAACAGAGCAACAUGACAAAAUCCCACAGCAGCGCGGCCACUCUCACAUCCCUCUGCCCCGACAUAUCACCGACCAAUUCGUUAUUUUUCGAAGUGCUCUACGUGGGUAAAAUGAAAGUGUCACAUCGGAAAGUUCCGGAAACUUUUAUAGAUGACGCAUUGGUUAAAAUUCAAUUGUACGAAAUGGAAAAAACAGCCAAAAAACAAUGUGCGAUGACCAUUGUGGCGAACAACGGGAAAAUCUGUGAUAUUUCUUCGAACGGAGAAAACGUUCGUGACGGGGUAGGAGGUGGUGGCGACGGUUUGAAACAAACGAACGGGUGUCACGCGGAAAGGGAUGCAAUUAAUAAAAAUUACGAAGAAAAUUUAAAAUCGGAAACGAAAAUAAUACAACGUGCCAACGGGUUGAGGUCGAAAGAAUCAAAUUGUCAAAACGAAAACAAUAAAAAUCAAGAUGGCGGCGGCGGCGGAGAUCACUUGUUAAAUGGUCAACGCGCGACAGCCUUGACUGAAAUAAGUAAAACCAACGCGGAUUCGCACUCGGAUGACGGUAAAAACGAUGGCGUAGGAGGAGGGGGAGGAGGAGGAGGAUAUUGCAGAACGAGAGCGGGUUCAUUGGGAGUCAUCGAAACGUAUAGGAAAAAGGUCGACGGUGGAAAUCAAAAUCGGACAAUGUUAUUUUACAUCGGGAAAUCCGAUCUGAGAUUAAUCAGUCCCGAUAGGAAACAAGUGCUCUUGAAUAAAACACUGAAAGAAAUUAAUUGUUGCAUUCAGGGUAUACAAAACAACGAGCACUUUGGAAUCAUAAGUGGUGAAAAUGACGGAUACGUCGGAUACGUUUUCAAAUGCGAAUCCAACAACGUGGCAAAUCACAUCGUGUCCGCCAUAUCACCGACCAUAAAAGCUUUAAAAGACGUGAAAGAAAAAACAAAAGUACCGGUUCUCUCGUGCGAACAUUGUCCAAUGAUAUGGUUUCAUAAAUUAUGUACCGACGUGGAAGAUCAAAAUGAAAAAAAAACACAAUUGACGAUAUUGAAAAGGAUAGAAACGCUUCCGGAACACGAGCAAAUGGAAAUUCACACGAAAUUUUUAGGAGCGGAAUCAUCGGACAUAAAAGAGCAAAAUGAAUUUUUAAUGAUACUAUUGAGGACGCACUGCGAGAGGAAGCAAAGUAGACACGUGCACGACACGGAAGAAACAAGAACGGAAUUUUUAAAUCAAGUUUUGGGAGGGAACACCAUUUUCAUGAAAGCUAAAAGAUCGCUCACGAGUUCGUUCGAUCAACUUCUCAAAAGAAAAGGAUCUCAUUCGGAAGUUUAUCAAACCAAGGUCGAUAAAAGAUCGGAUUCGACGAUUAACGAAUUCGCGAACCAUGAAAACUAUCACAGGUCUUACUUGACCGUGGGUCCUUCCGACGGUGAAUUUAUGAAACGUGAAAUAUCAAAACAAAUUGUAAAUAAAAAGCAAAACUUUAAAUCAUUCCAAAGGGAUAAAAGGGGUAGUAGUUUGGACGAAGGAGGAAAUUCACAUCCAACGGACAUCACUACCAAUAAAAAAGCCGAAGUUUUACAUUCUAUGCCAAAGGAAUCCGAUGAUGAAAUGGAUACUUCGAAAACUCCUCUUAGAAACAUAUUUUUAAAAGUGAACAGUUCUCCAAAAAUCAGUCCUCAAGAUAAUGUUAUUAAAAAAGAAACGAAUUCAACUCCCGUGGGAUCGUGGAGGCAGGCUAUUUUCAACAGAGUUGUCACGCCGGGGAAAUCCGAAGAAAAGGGAGUGAAGAAAACCAAAGAAGAAUAUAGGGAACUGUGGAAAACUGCCAUCAAUCAACAGAUAUUACUCAUAAGAAUGGAAAGGGAAAAUGCUCGUUUAAAGGCUAGCCAAGAAGAAGCGACGGUGAAAAGGAUUAAAUUGGAAUACGAUGAAUUGGGGAGCGGUUUAAAAGAUGCCAUGGGAAUUUGGGAUAUGAUUUCUGCCAAAGACAAUAGAAUAUCAUCUAAAUGCGACAGUCAAGUUUUGUUGCAAGCCGUUCGACAGGGUAUACCGCGUGCCAAACGUGGCGAAGUCUGGUAUUAUCUGGCUCUUCAAUACGGUUUGAAACAACCGCCAUUCGAUUCUUCCGAAUUUCCCAACUACGACGUCUCUUACGAAGAUUUGUUAAAACAAUUGACUUCCUUUCAACACACGAUCCUAAUCGAUUUGGGAAGGACUUUUCCGAAGCAUCCUUAUUUUUCAUCACCGCUGGGUCCCGGUCAAUUGGCUCUAUUUAAUUUACUUAAAGCGUAUUCUUUGCUCGAUCCCGUCGUCGGAUACUGUCAGGGAUUGUGUUUCGUCGCGGGUGUUCUUUUGCUUCACAUGCCGGAAGAUGCGGCUUUUUUGCUUUUGAGACAUUUGAUGUUUCGUAGGGGUUUGAGAAAACAAUAUCUACCCGACAUGGCAGCUCUUCAAGUUCAAUUGUAUCAAUUGUCGAGACUGAUUCACGAUUUUUUUCCCAAGUUGUACGUUCACUUCGAUAAAAAUGAAGUCGCUCCCACGUUGUACGCAGCUCCCUGGAUGUUAACAUUAUUCGCUAGUCAAUUUCCGUUAGGUUUCGUUGCGAGAGUUUUCGAUUUACUCCUUGCCGAACAAACGACGGAUGUGAUAUUCCGCGUGAUAAUGGCAUUGUUAGAAGAACACAAAGAUUCGAUAUUGAAAUUGACAACGUUGGAAGAAAUAAUGGAUUAUUUAAAAGUCACGGUUCCCACCAAAAUGGACGCGGGUUGCGUCGAUAAAAUAAUUAAAAAGGUUCUCGUUAUGGAUAUUUCCAAACAACUUCACGAAUUCGAAGUUGAAUAUCACGUUUUGCAAGAAGAGAUUUCCACACCCCGAGCCGAAUUGGAUCGUUUGAAAAAAGUCGAAAUGGAAAAUGAAAAACUGGCGAAUCAAAAUUUAGCCUAUCAAGACCAACUUGAAGCGAUUUCGAGAAACGUCGGAAGACUCGAAAAACUCAGACACGCUCAACAGGACACGAUAAAAAAAUUAGAAACGAAAGUCAAAACGUUGGAAACGACCGUCGAAUUUUUAGGGAAUUUCAUAACGGAAAUAACGGAAGAAUACAAAGACGUCGAGAUUCCGGGAGACGUUCGUAGAAUCAUUGCGAAUUUACCAGGGAGUCACGAAGAACAUUCGAAACCGGCGGCGGCGGCGGCGGCUCCCAACAAGCAUCCUUUCGACAAAACGACAUUUUUCCGGAAAAUUCAAUCGAGCAUCGAUUUUCACGAGAAACCUCACUUUAGUGAAUUUUGCGCGGCGAACAGUUUACCCAACGGUGCGAAAUUAACGGAUAACGUAAAUCGGGAAAAGGGAACCGAUGGAAAAUUCAAAGGGGUGCCGCUGAGAGUACUGCAAGACGAUGGAAAAUAUCAAAAUCACGCGUCGUCUAAUUUAACGUCGAAGAUAACAUCGGGAGUGACGUCGUUUUUCAAUUCUUCGAACGGAAGUAGUGGUUCGAACGCCGCCGGUAAAAAUUUUUUAAAAAAUAACAAGAACGUUUCCGUUUCAACUGAGGCAUCCGCAGAAGGGAAUUCCAACGGGAGGCAGCAUAACUUUUCCAGCGAUAUAGGUUCGUUGAACAUUAAGAAAUCUAUAAUCGGAUCAUCUCAUAAAAACGAAAGACUGUGUAAAUCAGGUAGGGAACACGCGUCAUCGACGGAUAAACCAUUGCCCAUCAUUUCAAACGGAACAUCCGGUGCGAACGAACAGAAAGAAAAUCAUAAUAAUGAUAAUGGGGAAGAAAGUGAAAAUAAUCACCUACAUCCGUUAGAUUCGGCCAAUGACGUCAUAAUUACAUUUAACGGUACGACGAAAUUGAAAAGUUUAAAAUCGGGUCCUCCGCCAUUGUUUCGAAACAACACUUUAGGUUUUUUGCCUUAUAGUAAUAAUAAUAAUAAUAAUAAUAAUAAUAAUAAUAAUAAUAAUAAUAAUAAUAAUAAUAAUAAAAACAGUCAACCUUUACACAUAUCGGAAGAUUUUGAUUCCUAA